AAAAAGACCGCGCCUCGACUUGUCAUUGGUAAGUUCGCCUCGCACUUUGGGGCGACUGAUCUCGUUUGAUUGGUGGGAACUACACGAGUGGUGGUUGACCGUUGGUUGGCACUUGGAUUGAAUCGCCCGACCACCCAAAUUCGUAUUCGACUCGAUCAUCAUGCUCGUGCUUUUCGAGACUGCGGCGGGCCAUGCGCUCUUCAAGGUGCAGGAUGAAGGCAAACUGACCAACGUGGACGACAUCCACAAGCACUUUGCCACCGCCGACAAGGCCAACUCUUUCGUCAAGUUGAAGGCGUUCAAUGCUUUCAAGGACACGACCGAAGCCGUGGCCGCAGCCGCCGACUGCGUGGACAACACCGUCGGCAAGAGCCUCAAGAAGUUCUUGAAGAAGCACGUCAAGGACGCCGGUUUGUCGGACAAGUUGGCGGUCGUGGACAAGGCGUUUGGGGGGGUGAUCAAGGAAAAACUCGGCAUCCAGUGCGUGCAUGACGCGUCGAUCCAAGAACUCCUCCGCGGGAUCCGCACGCACAUGAACUCUUUGAUCUCUGGCUUGGACGACCAAGACUUGAAGUCGAUGACCCUUGGUCUCUCGCACAGCUUGUCCCGAUACAAGCUCAAGUUUAGCGCAGACAAGGUCGACACGAUGAUCGUGCAGGCGAUCGGUCUGCUGGACGAACUGGACAAGGAGAUCAACACGUACUCGAUGCGCGUGCGCGAAUGGUUUGGCUGGCACUUUCCCGAGAUGGGCAAGAUCGUCACAGACAACCUCCAGUACGCCCGCGUCGUGCUCAAGACGGGCACGCGGCCGCAUGUGAAGAACCUCGACUUUUCCGACAUUCUGAGCUCGGACGUCGAAGCGUCCAUGCGCGAAGUGUGCGAAGUGUCGAUGGGCACGGAUAUUUCCGAGGAAGAUGUGCUUAACAUUGGCUCGCUGUGUACACAAGUGAUCUCUCUCACCGAGUACCGCACGCAGCUGUUUGACUAUUUGAAGAACCGCAUGAACGCCAUCGCGCCCAACCUCACCGUCAUGGUCGGCGAGUUGGUCGGCGCGCGGCUCAUCGCGCACGCCGGCUCGCUCAUGAACCUCGCCAAGCAUCCCGCGUCUACCGUCCAGAUCCUCGGCGCCGAAAAGGCGUUGUUCCGAGCCCUCAAGACCAAACAUGACACCCCCAAGUACGGGUUGAUCUACCACGCGUCGCUAAUUGGCCAAACGGCCCCCAAGCACAAGGGCAAGAUCUCGCGGGUGCUGGCGGCCAAGACUUCGCUCGCGGUCCGCGUGGACGCGCUGGGGGAUGCCACGGAAGCCACCAUUGGGUUUGAUAACCGCGCCAAGGUGGAGGCGCGAAUGCGGCAGCUGGAGAAUGGGUUCACGGGCGUCGUGUCGGGCAAGGGCAAGGCCAAGAACGAAGUGAAGAAGUACGUGAAGGAACCUGUGGCGGCCGUCAAGAGCUACAACGACGCGGAAGACAUCAAGUUGGUGAAGAAGGAGAAGAAGGAAAAGAAACGCAAGGCCGAGGUGGAGCAAGUUGAGGAGCAAGUCGAGGAAGUCGAGGAAGCCCCGAAGAAGAAGGCCAAGAAGGAAAAGAAGGCCAAGAAGGAAGAGGCAGUCGAGGUCGAGGUGGCGGCGGCGACGGACGAAGUGGACACAAAGGACAAGAAGAAGAAGAAGAAGAAGCAAAAAGCGGAAUAGAUACAGACGACUACUACACUAUGGAUGUAUAUUGAAUAUAUGGAAGAUCGACAUGACA